AUGCUGAACCUGGGCGACGGCGAGUACUGGAAGAAGGUGAUGGGCCCGGUGUUCAUCUACCUCAACUCCAGCCCCAACAAUGGCAGCGACAUCCGAGCUUUCUGGGACGACGCCAAGGCGCAGGCGCGAGCGGAAGCCGGCAAGUGGCCGUACAGCUUUCCGGAGUCGCCGGGCUUCGCCAAGGCGGGCGACAGGGGCACGGUUACCGGCACUCUCCUGGUCAGGGACGCGUUCGCGAGCAAGGGCGGUGACGUGCCUGCUGCAACGGCGUUCGUCGGCUCGCCAGCCCGGCGGGCAGCCUGGCUCCUGGGCGACACAGUGCAAGGGUUACCAGUUCUGGACGAGGGCGACGGCCAGCGGCCGGUUCAGCAUCGGCGGCGUCCGGGCUGGAACCUACAGCCUCGACGCGUGGGUUCCCGGGUUCCUCAGCUCGGAGACUACGUGCACACCUCCACGGUGACCGUGACGCCAGGUGGCGCCGUUGACCUUGGUAGCCUCGUGUUCGUGCCCCCGAGGUCGGGCCCGACGCUGUGGGAGAUGGGCGUCCCGGAUCGGACGGCGGCGGAGUUCUUCGUCCCCGACGCCGACCCCAGAUACGCCAGCAAGCUCUUCGUGGGGAAAGACGGGUACAGGCAGUACGGCCUGUGGGAGAGGUACGCCGAGCUGCACCCUGCUGGAAAUGACCUCGUUUUCACGGUUGGUCAGAGCGACUACUCAAAGGACUGGAUCUUCGCACACGUCACAAGGAUGGAUGGCAACGUGCGCGUGAACGGCAGAGUGGCUAGGGAAGCCGUGUUCAGCACGCCGGAGUUCGGCAACAGCAACGCCAUCGCGCGGCACGGCAUCCACGGCGGCGUGCAGUGGAGCUUCGAGUUCCCCAUCAGGGGCUACCUGCUGCGGCAAGGCGAGAACAGCAUCAGCAUCACGCAGACGAUGGCGUUCGGGCCCUUCUUGGGGGUCAUGUACGACUACCUCAGGCUGGAAGGGCCUCCGCCGGCAUGA